GCAGCCGGCACGGCACGUGAGGGGCCCUUCGCCCUCAGCCCAGAGGCCCCAGGUGCGCGCGGAGAGGCCGAGGGCCCCUCAGUGGACAUGGAAGAGGCCCCCCUGCUUGGCGGGAUGUCCAGUCCUGAGGAGGAGAUGGUGACAGACCUUUUCGGCGCGGAGAGUCCAUUUGUGUCUGAAAGCGACCCUCCGAAAGCCCCCGCGGCGGUGAAACACGAGGAAGGCACGUUCCCCGUGUUGAAGGACGCCUACCUGGGCCCCGCAGUCCCCAAGGGGUCCCUGCUGCACCUGCUCAACGGCCCCCCGCACGGCGACUGCGACAGCCAGGGCACCGCGGAGCUGCUGGGGGACGGGGACGACGAGAUGCUGGCGGAGUACCCAAGCCUCCCCGAGCUCAAUCCCCUGGAAGAUGCCGUCCUGCCCGUGGCCCCGCCGCCGCAGGCCUACAACGUCCACUUCCUGUCCUCCCUGCUGGCCCCGCACAGGAGUCCGGCCGUCGUGCCCCUGGGCACCUGGGCCAGGGAAGGAGCUGCCCACCCGGGUGUCCGGGUGAUUCCGAUGGAAAUAAAGGAAGCCGGUGGCGCAAUUCUAAGUAACAACCCGGAGGAAGCAACUUUUCGGAGUGCACUUGGCCCUGAGUCCUGCUGCAAAUUCCCAUCAUCCCAGGAAGCAGAGGACUCCUCCGGCUGCUCUCACAAGAAGGACUCUAACUCCAUGGUGCUGUGUCAGUUGAAAGGCGGUACACAGAUGCUGUGUGUGGACAGUUCUGGCACGAGAGAGCUCAAAGCCCUUCAUCUGGUUCCUCAGUAUCAAGACCAAAAUAAUUACCUACAGUCAGAUGUCUCCAAGCCCGUGACCGCUGUAGUAGGCAGGUUUUUGCCAGUGCCAGCAAAGUUAAAUCUCGUCACACAACGACUCGAUGACGGAGCCCCGCCGUCCAUGGUCAACAGGCCUGCUUUCCCCUCGGGAUCAGCUCUCCCAGGACCCCCCAAAAUCCCUUUGGCUGGGAGAGGACAAGGUCACACAAGGUCUGGAGACGCGGGGAGGGAGCCGGCCCCACACCUGACGCGGAGGCCGCUGGCCGCUGUCCUUCAGGGCGAGCUCACCGCCCCUUCCACCGAGGUGGGUGGUGAACGGGCUAACUUAUUAACUAGCUUAUCUCAGGAGGGGGGUCUCUACCGGCCACGUGACACGCUGGACACUUGCUGUGACGUUGCGGAGUCCUGCCGCAGGGACGGCCCCAGCGGCAGCGGGGACAGCGCGCAGCGGUGGCCUCCGUGUUGCUUAGUGUACGCCGGCUGUGUGCAGGAGGCCCAGGGCCCUCACGGCGGCGUGCUCGGGACCCCUGCCCCCGACCGGGACAUAGCUUCCGUGCUGAGAAGCCAGGGGUCUGGGACAGGGGACGUGAACAUCGUGGGCCCUGGAAGUGUCUCCGCGGGCACCGCAGCCACGGGCACCGGUGUGCAGGCGGCUGUUGGAGUCUCAGCUUUCAGUUCUCUUGGGUCCGUGUGCCCAGAAGCAGAAUUGCUGGAUGAUACAGCAUCGCUGGUGGGAACUUCAGAUGGCACCGCCUCGUGGGGACGCUGUUGGCCACUCGGUUCUGCAGCGUCAUUCCUGAAAACAUGCGCCUGUCUCGAUCGGAACCCAGGAGCUUUCCAACCGAAGAUCGGCAAAGGGGAGGCGGGGGGCCUGAGGCCGCGGCACAGCCGGGGCUGCAACUGCCGGCGCUCCAGCUGCCUCAAGAACUACUGCGAGUGCUACGAGGCCAAAAUUAUGUGUUCUUCUAUUUGCAAAUGCAUUGGUUGCAAAAAUUAUGAAGAAAGCCCAGAACGGAAAACACUGACGAGCAUGCCCCACUUUAUGGACAUCGGAGGGUUUGAAGGCAGCUGUCAUUUGUCGCCAACUAGACCCGCGGGACCACCGCAGCUAAGAAGGGACAGGCGGCCCUCGUGCAUCUCCUGGGAGGUGGUGGAAGCCGCGUGCGCCUGCCUGCUGGCCCAGGGCGAGGAGGCCGAGCGGGAGCACUGCUCCCGGAGCUCCGCGGAGCAGCUGGUGCUGGAGGAGUUCGGGAGGUGCCUGGCCCAGAUCCUCCGUGUCGAGUUUCCAUCCAAAGGCUUGAGCGUGGAGUAGAGUUCGGUGGAGAGAACUCUGACCGCACAGAGGCCUCGUUUGGAUGUUCCGAGGGAAGGUAACCUGUGGUUUAGGAAGGUCGCUUAGGGAGCCCGAGGCCGUCUGCCUGGCAGCUGGGUCAGGAGGGGCUUUCCCCGACCGCUGGCGCGUGGCCCUGGGGAGACAGCCUCGACUCCUGUGACGUCAGGGAGGGGGGUGGACGCAGCCUCCGGGGAGAAGGAAGUCCAUUCCCGCCGACUUCACCCGUCUUGGCAAUUUUCCCCUGGAGGCCUCUCUGCCUAAAAAAGCCAUAGUGAUUUUUCACUAAAAUUAUUUUGAAAUAAAUUCUCCGGACCGGCUGCUAAGAUAGAAGUUAGACUCUCUAGAGAAGCCCCGAAUCCCUGCAGGAGGCCCCGGGGCGGCCACGCUCUCCCAGCCUCUCCCGGGUUGCUGGGGCCCUCGGGCGGUGGGGGUCGGGUCCUGGGCCCGAACACCCUCUAGUUUCUUACGGGUUUUCACUGGGAUGCGGAAAAGCUCUAUCAUCCCGUUAACUUUCUCCCUAAUUGUUGUUCUACUAUGACUAGUGUUGGUUAACAUACGGUUAAAGUAACUGGUUUGCAGAAACCAGCAGGUAGGAUUGGUUAUUAAGUUGACUCCCUUUGGUUCUGUUGUAAAAGCAAAGAGGAUUAAAUGUUUCAAACGCC